GGGAUGCCGUGUCACACACAACAUUCCACCCGUCACAAUGCCCCGGUGGGGCAUGGAAGCACACGGGCAGGGGUUGCCAUAAGUGAAGGUGAGCAGCCAGCAUGCACCAGACAAUACAGCUUCCCAAUGCCGGCUCGGAACACCAGCUCUCCCUCGACCCACCGGGAACGCAGAUGAUGUCAAAGCCUGACGGUGGGGAGAGGGUGCUCAAUGAGCUGGGCUACAAGCUGGGGCAGACACUGGGCGAGGGCAGCUUCUCCAAGGUGAAGGCCGCCACCUCGGACAAGCACAAGGGGCCCCUGGCCGUGAAGGUGGUGGACCGGCAGCGCGCGUCCCGCGCCGUGGUCUUCAAGUUCCUGCCGCGGGAGCUCUCCAUCGUGCGCAGGAUCCAGCACCCCAACAUCGUGCGCGUCUACGAGCUCAUCGAGGUGUGCAACAAGAAGCUCUACAUCGUGAUGGAGGCCAUGGACACCACCCUGCUGCAGAUGCUGGAGAGCCUGGGCAAGCUGCCCUGCACCCCCAACGCCCGGGACAUCUUCGUGCAGGUGGUGAGGGCCGUGCGCUACCUGCACGACCGCAACCUGGUGCACCGCGACCUCAAGUGCGAGAACGUGCUGCUGUCGGCCGACGGCCGCCGCGCCAAGAUCAGCGACUUCGGCUUCAGCAAGGAGCUCCAGGGCUACCCCGACCUGAGCACCACCUUCUGCGGCACGGCCGCCUUCGCCUCCCCCGAGGUGCUCAUGGGCAUCCCCUACGACGCCAAGAAGUACGACAUAUGGAGCCUGGGCGUCAUGCUCUACAUGAUGGUGGUGGGCAACGUCCCCUUCGACGACAGCAACGUGCAGAGCAUGCCCCAGCUGCAGAAGAAGGGGGUGACGUACCCGGAGGGGCUGCCCCCGCUGCCAGAGCCCUGCCAGGCCCUCAUCACCCAGCUGCUGCAGUACACCCCAGCCGCCCGGCCUGGCGUGGGGCAGGUGGCCAAGAACCGCUGGCUGAACGGCGAGAUCUGAGGAUGCCCUCCCCGAAGACUCUGGAAGAGCGCUUUGGUGCAAUAAAGACCCUCCUCGAAAAG